AUGGAGCUGUGGUUCUUAAGGAAUAGAAUUUACUUUGAAGAAGAGAAAGUAAACUUGGGUUAUUUUAAGAGAAGAAUAAAACAGUAUACAAAGGACUGUGCAGUGAGAAUAAAAAGAUUUAUGUGGGAGUGUAGCUAUGAUUACAUGGUCUUUAAGAAUUUUGAUCUUAAACAUCAACCAAUAAAGCCUCAAAGAAAUAUUGAAGUGAGUUUCUUCUUACCUGCAAGAAAUCAGAUACUCAUAUGUUGUGAUGGAGCAUCUAGGGGCAAUCCAGGUGCAGCAGGAUAUGGUUUUGUUUGCAGAGAUGAAAUGGGAGGUUGUAUAUAUGCUGAAGCUACUGGCCUGAGAAUUGCAACUAAUUACAUUGCAGAAUUAAUGGCUAUUACAGGCGCAGCUGAAUGGGUUAUACAGAACAACAAGCUUGAUAUAUGUAUUAACUCUGAUUCUAAAGCAGCAGUGAGUGCAUACAUGUCAGGAAGACUGCCUUGGUUCAUGCAGGUAAGAUGGAAGAGAAUAAAGGAGCUAUUGAAUAAUAUCCAACUUGUACAUAGCUUGAGAGAAGUAAAUUUCUCUGCUGACUCCAUGGCAAAGAAGGGUGCAGGACUGUUGGGCUUUAGGAGUUGA